AUGCGGACCUCCAAUGAGACCUCUUUUUCCACUACACCACCAUCACCGCCUCCACCAACGGUGCAUAACUCCACUGAAAUCUCUUGUUCCACCACACCACCACCACCACCGCCUCCACCAACGGUGCGUAACUCCACUGAAACCUCUUGUUCCACCACACCACCACCGCCUCCACCAACGGUGCGUAACUCCACUGAAACCUCUACUUUCACCACACCACCGCCUCCACCAACGGUGCGUAAAUCCACUGAAACCUCUACUUUCACCACACCACCACCACCGCCUCCACCACCAUCCCCAUUUCCCUCUCAAUCUCCGGCCACCUAUCCAUACACAGUUCUCACCGUACAUUCCCCAUCCACCACUCAUCUCUUAAACCCCACCCCCAUAUCCACCGACAACUCCAUUAAACUGGCACAUCCCCCUUCACCGGACCACCAAAUUCUUCCCUCACCGGACCACCACGUUCCGCUCCAAUCCGUCACCUCCAAUCGCCUUCUCCGUUUGCCUCCAUGGAAAGGCGUCAAACCCAUCCCACUCGGAAUCUCCGUCUUCGUCGGACUAAUUCUCCGAUUCGCAAUCCCAAAACCACACCAAGUCUCGAAUCAAGCCUGGCAACUCCUCGCAAUCUUCCUCACCACAAUCACCGGCCUUAUAUUCAGCCCAUUACCAGCCGGCGCGUGGACCAUCGUUUGUCUCACUCUCACCGUCAUCACUAAAACCUUAAAAUUCGCAGCCGCGUUCUCGGCGUUCACCAAUGAGAUCAUUUGGCUGAUCAUCGCUUCGUUCUUUUUCUCCAGAGGGGUUGUGAAGACGGGGCUUGGCGAUAGGAUUGUACUGUCCUUUGUGCGAUGGCUUGGAAAAAGUACACUGGGGUUGUCGUAUGGGUUGGUGUUGGGUGAGGCGUUGAUUUCUCCGGCGGUGCCUAGCUCGACGGCGAGGGCAGGUGGGAUUUUUUUGCCGAUCAUUAAGUCAUUGUCGCAGUCGGCUGAAAGCUGGCCGAAGGAUAAAUCGGCCAGGAAGCUUGGGGCUUAUCUAAUCCAGUCUCAGUUGCAGUCUGCUAGUAGCGCAGGUAAUCUUUUCUUGACUGCUGCCGCUCAAAACCUACUGUGUGUCAAAUUAGCUGAGGGAGUUGGGGUUAAAAUUCCAAAUCGAUGGACUACCUGGCUCAAGUUUGCUAGUUUGCCUACAUGUAUAUCUCUUCUAGCAACCCCAAUUAUCUUAUACAAGAUCUUUCCUCCUAAAACCAAGAACACACCUGAUGCUCCUGCCAUGGCCAAGAGGAAACUAGAGCAGAUGGGUCCUGUCAAAAGGGAUGAAUGGGUGAUGAUUGGUACCAUGCUUGUUACAGUGGCAUUAUGGAUUUCAGGAGAUGCUCUGCAUAUGACAAGUGUUGUUGCAGCACUGCUGGGCUUAUCAGUACUACUGCUAUUAGGAGUACUUGAUUGGGAUGAUUGCUUAAGUGAAAAGUCUGCAUGGGAUACCUUGGUUUGGUUUGGGGUACUUGUGGGCAUGGCAAGCCAAUUGAACACCCUUGGUAUUGUACCCUGGAUGUCUGAUUGUGUGGCCAAAUUGCUUAAAUCUUUAUCACUGGGCUGGCAUGCCUCAUUUGGUAUCCUUCAGGCAGCAUAUUUCUUUAUCCACUAUCUAUUUGCAAGUCAAACUGCCCAUGUUGGAGCUCUAUACUCGACAUUUCUUUCAAUGCACUUGGCAUCUAAAGUGCCCGGUUUGUUGGCAGCGCUGGCUUUGGGAUACAAUACCAAUCUUUUUGGUGCACUAACACAUUAUAGCAGUGGUCAGGCUGCUGUAUACUAUGGAGCUGGUUAUGUAGAACUUGCUGAUGUUUUUAAACUGGGAAUUGUAAUGGCUCUUAUUAACAUUGUGAUAUGGGUAUUAGCUGGAGCUCUUUGGUGGAAGAUUUUGGGCCUUUAUUGA